GGGUCUCACGGAGCCUGUCUGCCUGGGAGGGCGAGAGACACCUCAAGACAAUCUGAGAGGAAGGAGCAGGCAAUUUUCAGCAAGCUCAUACACACUCCCCACACUAACCAACCACUCACACACAGGCGUCUCCUCACACACACACACACACACGCAAACACACACACACCCCACACACACACUGUGGCAGUUGGCCUCUGCCCAGAUCAGUAGCUGUGGUAGAGACCAUCUUAACUGACUCACUGAGGUCUGAGCUGAGGUUGGGAUCCUCCCUGACUGUCGGAGCGUGAGCAGAGUUUGGGAGCCUGAGCUUCACUUUCCUCCUCAGAGCAGAGAGACUGCACGCCAGGCACGAGGCUCCCCCCCGCUCCUCCCCUCUCCCCACUCCUCCUGCCUUCUCCUGGGCUCCUGUCCAGAGGGUGACUGGUUCCAGUGGACACAAGAGGAGGAACGCAGCCUGAAGACACAGCAGCUCCAGCCCUGCCUUCCUGCUUUCCUUGCCUGCGACAACCAAACCACACUGAGGCUUUGGAAAUCAGCUCCUCCAACAUCUUUGCUGGAUUCACUGAGUUCCUUUUUUAAAUUUUAUAUUCAUAUUUGAUCACGUCUGAGCUCGGGCAUACAGACGGACAAUCAGGCAGACGGACUGACAUAUGGACAGAGAGCAGUGGGCACUGCGGCGUGCAUGUAGCAACUGGACUUCUCUUCUCCCUGGUUACUGAGACCAAACAAGGAGAGUAGCCGGAGCAGUAGCCUGUCCACUGAGGCUGUGGGUGGAUGCAGCUCUCAGCAGACAGCUAUAGGGGAAGGCAGAGACUGUAUAGAAGCUGCAGAGCCACGUCUAUAGUUGAUCCACACAGUUGUGAUCAUCAGAAAAUGGAUUGUUGCCUCCAAGUAGACCCAUGAGACUCUCUCUCAUCAAAGAACUCACAAAGACCUGUGGGAUUGUCUCCUCUUAUAGACUUUGCGCCUCCCGCUGAGUGGACCUACAUGUUUUCUCUGUAGACGAGCGGGGAGCGUGUGUCUCACUAAGGAUGGAAGAGUGCGUAAGGACCGUGUAUCUGACACUGAUGCUGCUGUGUGUGGUUCUGCCGGGCACGGCUCACACAGCCAACAGCCUCUACCCGAGGAUACGGCUCUCCCACACAGAGCUCUGGCAGCUGAACAGGACCUGGGUGUUCCAGGCACAUGGAAGGUCUCUGCAGCCUCACACCAUGAUGCUGGACGAGGGCCACGAGAGGCUGUAUGUGGGGGCCAGGAAUACUCUGUUCUCCCUCAGUCUGGACCAGGUUAACACACACCACAGAGAGAUCCAGUGGGCCAGCACGGACUCUCAGAUAGAGGAGUGUUUGAUGAAGGGCAGAGAAAAGCUGGAGUGUGCAAACUACAUCAAGGUCCUGCAGCGGUACAACCACACCCAUCUGCUGGUCUGCGGAACAGGAGCGUUUAACCCCGUCUGCAGCCUGGUCAGGGUGGGACACUCAGGACAGGACAGGCUAUUUGCUCUGGAAGAGGACAGUGUCACGAGCGGCAGAGGACGCUGCCCGUUCGACCCCAACAGUCCCUGCACGUCCACACUCUCCAGAGGGGAGCUGUACAUUGGCCUGUACACAGACUACUGGGAGAACGACGGAGCCUUGUGUCGACUGAACAACCAGACGUACACACGCACGGAGAGGGACGACAGGCAGCAGCUCAGCGAACCUAAAUUUGUGGGCUCAGCAGUUAUUCCCGACAACGACGACAGCAACGAUGACAAAGUUUACUUUUUCUUCACCGAGCGAGAGGCGGACGCCGAGGGACUCAACAAGGCGGUGUACACCCGAGUGGGGCGAGUGUGCGCGAACGACGUGGGAGGACAGAGGAUGCUGGUGAAUAGAUGGAGCUCCUUCCUGAAGACACGUCUCAUCUGCUCUGUGGCUGGACAAAACGGCAUCGACACUCACUUCGAUGAUCUCGAGGACGUGUUUGUUCUCAAGAACAAGGACGGGAAGAACCCCGAAAUCUUUGGCCUCUUCAGCACAACAAGUGCGGUGUUUAAAGGCUACGCUGUGUGCGUGUACAGCAUGGAGGACAUCAGAGCAGCCUUCAACGGCCCCUUCGCCUACAGAGACAGACCUGAACACCGCUGGAGCCCUUACGAGGACAGAGUCCCCUACCCCCGACCUGGAUCUUGUGCCAGUAAAGUCAAUGGCGGUGGCUUCUCCAGCUCCAAGGAGUUUCCUGAUGAGGUUUUGCGGUUUGUGCGUUCUCAUCCUGUGAUGUAUCGUCCCGUCCGGCCCCAGCACCAUCAACCCGUGCUGCUGCAGACGGAGCCGGGCAGGAGGAAACUGACCCAGAUCGCCGUGGACAGGGUCCAGGCCCAGGACGGAAACUACCACGUUCUGUACAUCGGCACCGAUGACUCAGUGGUGUUGAAAGUUAUCACCAUCUACAACAAAGACACAGACACCAUGGAGGAGGUGCUGCUGGAGGAGCUGCAAGUUUUCAAGGAGUCGGCACCGAUACGAGAGAUCAUAAUAUCGUCUAAAAGGCAACAGCUCUACGUGGGGUCGGAGGUCGGGGUGGCCCAGGUCAGACUGCAUCAGUGUGACCUCUAUGGCUCUGAGUGUGCUGACUGCUGUCUGGCCAGAGACCCCUACUGUGCCUGGGAUGGUCUCACCUGUUCCCGGCUGUACCCCGCUGGAGUCCACACCAAGAGCAGACGAUUCAGGCGGCAGGAUGUUCGCCAUGGAAACGCCGUCCAGCUGUGCAAUGGGCUGCAAAUUGAUGGGGAAGGAUCCGAGGAGAAGCUGGUGUAUGGUGUCCAGAGCAACAGCACUUUACUGGAGUGUGUCCCUCGAUCGCUUCAGGCCAAAGUCCUCUGGUUCUUCCAGAAUGGAGAAGGGAGACGUGAGGUUCGGGGUGAUGAGCGGGUUAUCCUGAUCUCCCACGGGCUGCUGUUCUUACACGUGAGAAGCUCCGAUGCCGGCGUGUACGUUUGCCAGACUGUGGAGCACGGAUACGUGAACACUCUAUUGCGUGUCACUCUGCACGUGCUCAGAGGGGAGAGGGUCGAGUCCACGAUCCACAGUUCGAGCGGCGAGGAGGGGGAGAAAGCUGCAGCUCCGUGCCACUCCUCCCCUGAUCCCCCACUGGACCCCAGCCUCGGCCCCAAGGUUCUGGUUCCAGCCUCUACUCCGGGUCGCCACUCCCGGCAGUGGUACAAGGAGUUUCUCCAGCUGAUUGGCUACGGGGAUGCCCAGAGGGUCGCCGAGUACUGUGAGAAAGUGUGGUGCACCGAUAAAAAACGUAAAAAGACCAAAAAGAAAUAUGCUGCUCCAGGUGGCGAGAAGAGAAGGAAAGAGAGGGGGGAGGAGAACUCCAACCGAGCGCCCAGGCACACUUUGGACAACUGAGGAGAACAGAGACUGGCUGCACACACACACACACACAUAUACACACACACACACAUACACACACACACACACACACAUACACACACACACACACACACACACACACACAGUCUAAAGGUCAGACUCACAUUGUUUACACCGUGUAAAAGAUUUUUCACAUUGCUUCAACAAAAGCAGAAACAAAAACAACAGUAGCACAUUGUCAAGCUCUUGUGGCCUCAUUUGUCUUUCAAUACUUCGAGUGGAUUGUUUCCACUUAUUUCUUAAAAAAUAUUGCCUUCUUUCUUUGUUGGGAACCGACUCUCUCUGUAAGAACAGAUGGUCAUCAGCGAUGGAUGAAUGUUAAAGCUGCGUUGUGUCUGAUCUGAAGAGACGGAUCACAAUGCAUCAGCUCCAGAGGACUGUCCCUAUACCCCGACCCAGCUGUGGAAACCAACCACACAGAGUUGUCUCCACCAAACCUCCGUCAAACCUCGGCUCCACCUCUCAGUCAACUGCUUAAUAUGACAAACUCCUACUGUAUCUAUGAGGAGAGAAAACUGUAUAGAAAACAAUGGCCUUUAAAACUUAUUUUGGUAUAACUUAUUUCUCUUUGUUUUCACUGAGUUCCGUAGCUGUUUAAAUGUCAGAAACUGGAAAAUAUAGUGUUGGUUUAUUUUGUACAGUGAAAAAUGCUUUGAGCUUUAUGAUACUGCAAUGUGUGUGGUGUGUGUAAACUAUGCACACAGAGAGAUGUUGCAAUGCCACUAUUAAGAGAUAGGCAUGUUUUACCUAUAAUUAUGCCUAUUUAAGCACUUGUAAAACCUGUUACAGUAGAUGAAAAGUGUAUAAUAUUGUUGUUAUUUGUAUUCCAUUUUACAUCUACAAUUGUGAUCAAAUGUACCAAACACUCCUUUGCGUAUUGUAUAUUGUAUUUAACUCAAAUUCAGGGUUGUUUCUGCCUGCACAUCUGGUGACUAAUAACGGGGUUCAGAAAGUCAUCUCUCCACACUGGCUCUUCCUUCUUCCAUCUAUCACCCUUUGCUGUCCCUUCGUUCCCACCCCCCUUUGUUUGUGUGGACCAGUGUUGAAGAUGGGAUUCAUAAUGACCACCGCUAGCAGCGCAUUUCCCUCGGAGGAAGAAGGAGAAGUAAAUGCCAGGGUGACCAUCCAAGCAUGUCAUCAGCGAAACUGAUGAGUCAGCCUCACGAACGUUCAGUCAACGGGGAGAUGAGAGAAAAAGUUCAGACAGGAUGAUGACGCAGUUGUGGUUAUGCUGAUAAUAACCUGGAGGAUCACGUCUUGUCAUGUUUUUGUGCCUUAUUUAUCUCUUAAUUGUGUCACUUUAUAUUACACCCUCUUGACUUUACUGUAUUCUUAUAUAGUAAAAAAAAGAACUGCUUGGUUUUUGACCUUGUAUCGUCCCUCGUCAAUGUCCUUGAAUGUCAAAGAUCUGAAUUGACUUGUUGUGUCUGACAUGGCAUUAAAAAGGAUGGACCAUCUUCUCCUGGUGUGAACUCGGUGGUUUAACCAUAACUAACGGCAACAUAUACUCUCACAAUAAUAACAUAGAACACCAAACCUACACACACACACACACACACACGUAAAUGCACACACACAGACACAUUAAGAGACUGAGCCAAUAAAGUGGAGUAGGGUGAAAAAGAGAGGGACCAUUAUAAGUUAUGAUCUGCCCCAACACGGGACCUUAAAGGGACUUUUUAAAUGUUUUCCUCAUUUCCCCCCAAAAUUAAAUUAUUAUUUCUCUUUUAUCUGUCUGGAUGUUUUACUUUACUUGUUUUGCUUUGCUGUGAUUCCCUGGCCCCUCCUAAUUUGUCCAAUUAUCUCUGUUUCCUCCCUUAGUCUGUCUCUAUGUUCACUAUGUUGUGCUUUUGAUCGUCUUCUUUCUCGUUUCUACAGUUUUUCAAUUUUUUUACUGUGAGAAUUCAGACUUUCUGUUUGCCUGCCAGUCUGUCUCAGAGACUCAGUAAGCCUGUUAAUUAAAUCAAAUAUUCUCCACUGAA